AUAAUAGUGUACUAUUUAAUAGAAGGAUCCCUGAAUAAACAUUAACAUUAUAAUAGAAGGAUCCCUGAAUUUACCUUAUAUGAUAGUGUCCAUAUAAUAUCAAUUUGUUAAUUUUCAAUUUGGUUUAACAUUAAUAUCAAAUUGGAAUUUGCUCUCCUCUUCUUCAUUCUUCCCCCAAAUCAGAACCCUAAUUCCUCCGGCCACCUUCAAUUUCUCCUUUUCUGAAAUUCCGGCCACCGUGUCGUGACAGAUUGGCCUACCAACAAGAACUGGCCCAUAUUCGCAAAUGACUCAGCAGAUAAGCUUUACCGCCUGACCUCUUGGAUUUGCGGCUGCGUAGGUACGAUGACAUCGCUGAUGGUUCCAGAUCCCACGGGCAGCCUCAGAGGUGUGGGAAUUGACCGGCACUGACCGGCGGUCGUAUCGUCCGUUUGCUUCCUCUUUCCGGUCGCUGUGGGCUGGGAAACAACUGGCGUCACCUUCCUCCAUAUUUGUUUCCUAUUGGAGUUCGGAUUACUGUAUGAGAUGGUAAUCAUUAGUUGAGAGAUCCAUUUGGAUUUCCUCACUGCGCAAUUAAUCGAUUGAGCCGGCAACGAGACUGAAGCGGUUGAAGUUGUUUGGGAAAGAUCUGGGUACCUUCUCUUUAAAUGCUCCGCCACUAUGACUAAUUUACAUAUAGCCCGUGCUCCCCAAAGCUUGAAUUGAAACCUCUGAAUAAAAAUUAUCUCGAAGGAUCCCUGAAUAAAAAUUUCUGUCCACUGUUUAAACCCCAUCCCCUUCGCGUCCACAGAGUUGUGAUCAUCCCCAUUCAGGUAAUUUUUCCGUGGAUAAUUUUCUCACGCGAAAGCAAUGACUGCCCUGAUGGCAGUAUUGGAGAUGGAUCUACGUGCUCUCUCUGCAGAAUCUCGCCGCCGGUACCCCGCCGUCAAAGAUGCCGCUGAGCACGCAAUUCUUAAGCUUAGGUCACUGUCGAGCCCAAAUGAAAUUGCGCAAAAUGAGGAUAUUGUAAGGAUAUUUUUGAUGGCUUGUGAGGUUAAGACGGUGAAGUUGAGUGUGUUAGGUUUGUCUUGCCUACAAAAGCUGGUUUCACACGACGCAGUUCCCCCGUCUGCUCUGAAGGAGAUUCUGGCCACGUUAAAAGAUCAUGGUGAAAUGGCAGAUGAUAGCAUCCAGCUAAAGACCCUUCAGACUAUCCUUAUAAUAUUUCAGUCUCAUUUGCUACCUGAUAAUGAGGUAUGGACCACAUUAUUCUUCUCUAUGCUAUUGCAUUCUCUUGUUCACUUAGCACCAAUACAGAGCAAGCAGGAGUCAUACUUCAAUAUAAGAUUUUUCUGAGGAGAACGUGCAGUUCUGCAUGCUGUUGUGGGGAUCUGGAAGUGUAUUUAUGAUCUCAACUCAUCAGUUUUGUCCUGUUCAAAGUCGAUUUUGAAUAUUAUCCUGUUGUUUUUUUCUUUUCAUUCCCUGUUUUAAACUGAUUAUCUCCGUUUGAUCUAAAAAAAGCUAGAUACCGUUUGAUCAGCCCUUGUCGUUUUCUCUGGAUUAAUGGUCUUGCUGGUAACACUUUUAAGUGUAGUUAUUAGCGAAUAAUGUUAUUGUUGCAGCAGUGUUGCUUUCUUUUUUGUUGGGGCUUCUGUUGUCCUGGACCAUUUAACUUUUCAUUUUCCCGUGGUUGAGUUGCAGUCUAAUCUUUAAUCAGAACAUGCUGUACAUUUUCUUGCCUUGAUUUUAUUCCUCCCUUCUAAAUUGUAUUAGAUGAUGCCUGUGUAUUUUCUGGAUGAUGAUUUAUGCGUACGACGAAAUCCCUUUUAUCAUGGAGAAUAUGGCUCAAGCUCUUGGCAUCUGUCUUCGUCUUCUAGAAAGCAAUAAAUCUUCUGAUAGCGUGAGGAACACUGCUGCAGCAACCUUCCGGCAGGCAGUAGCGUUGAUAUUUGAUCACGUGGCUUCUGCUGAGUCACUUCCUUCUGGUAAAGGUGGUUCUGGAGGGUACAUUUCGCGGGCUAAUUCAGUGACUAGUGAUGUUAAUCGGAAUAUAAACCGCCUAGAGGCACUAGACCUGGAUUUUGUCUCUGGAAGCCCAUCUUCAACGAGGGGUACUCUAUCUACUUCUGGAAAGCUCGGACUGCGCUUGCUUGAGGAUCUGACAGCUCUUGCUGCUGGUGGAUCUGGCGUCUGGUUACGAGUUGGCUCAAUACAACGAGCAUUUGCUCUCGACAUCCUUGAGUUUGUCCUCUCCAACCAUGUUGCAUUGUUCAGAAACUUGGUUCCUUAUGAACAGGUUCUACGUCGCCAAAUAUGCUCAUUGCUUAUGACGUCACUUCGAACAAAUUCUGAGCUCGAGGGAGAAGCAGGAGAGCCUUACUUCCGCCGUUUGGUCCUUCGUUCAGUAUCUCAUAUUAUUAGGCUUUACAGUUCAACACUUAUAACAGAAUCAGAGGUAUUCCUUAGCAUGUUGGUGAGAAUUAUAUCUUUGGAUUUACCAUUGUGGCACCGAAUUCUUGUCCUUGAGAUCUUGAGGGGUUUCUGCGUGGAGGUGCGUACGUUACGGAUACUUUUUCAGAAUUUUGACAUGCAUCCUAAAAACACAAAUAUAGUUGAGGAUAUGGUGAAAGCUCUGGCUCGAGUUGUCUCCAAUGUACAGUUUCAGGAGACAUGUGAAGAGAGCCUUGCUGCAGUUGCAGGAAUGUUUAACAGCAAAGCUAAAGGGAUCGAGUGGAGUUUAGACAAUGAUGCAUCAAAUGCUGCUGUCUUGGUUGCAAGCGAAGCCCAUUCGGUAACAUUGGCUAUUGAGGGUUUGCUGGGUGUUGUUUUUACUGUAGCUACUUUGACUGAUGAGGCAGUUGAUGUCGGUGAGAUUGAAUCCCCCAGAUGUGAUUCUGAUCCAUCAGAAAAAUGCACUGGGAAGACUGCGGCUCUUUGUUUGGCAAUGGUUGAUUCUAUGUGGCUGAUCAUCCUUGAUGCUUUGUCCCUGAUCUUAGCAAAGUCACAAGGAGAGGCUAUUGUGUUGGAGAUUCUGAAGGGUUAUCAAGCUUUCACUCAGGCUUGUGGAGUUCUUCGUGCUAUUGAACCAUUGAAUUCCUUUUUGGCUUCCCUUUGCAAGUUUACCAUCAAUAUGCCCAGUGAUGUUGAAAAGAAGAGUGUGGUACAGUCACCUGGAAAGCGGUCUGAAGUGUUGAUUGAUCAGAGGGAAACCAUAGUCCUCACUCCCAAAAACGUGCAGGCAUUACGAACUCUUUUCAAUAUAGCCCAUCGACUGCACAACUUUUUGGGACCUUCAUGGGUUCUGGUACUGGAAACGCUUGCUGCUCUUGACCGGGCGAUUCAUUCACCCCAUGCUUCAACGCAGGAGGUAUCCACUGCUGUACCAAGACUUACAAGAGAUUCUUCUGGUUCUGGUCAAUAUAGUGACUUCCAUAUUCUAUCUUCGCUGAAUUCGCAGCUGUUUGAGAGCUCUGCUCUGAUGACUGUGCCUGCUGUGAAAUCGCUUAUAUCUGCUUUGCGUCAAUUGUCACAUCAAUACAUGACUGCUACUUCUGGUAGCUUGAGUCAAGCAUCCAAUCAAAAGCUGGGUAGCAUUGGGUUCGCAGUGGAGAGAUUGCUUACAAUUUUAGUCAACAAUCUUCACCGAGUGGAGCCAUUGUGGGAUGACAUUGUAGGCCAUUUCCUCGAGCUUGCUGAUAGCUCUAGCCAGCAUUUACGCAAUAUGGCAUUGGAUGCUUUGGAUAAAUCAAUCUGUGCUGUUCUAGGUUCUGAUCUCUUUCAAGGGCGCAAUGUUGUGGAAAACCGUGCUGUUGCCAUAAAUAUGCAGCCAAAGUCAAUGGACUUGAGGUCUCUGGAGUGUUCUGCCAUUGCUCCCUUAGAUGCUCUUUAUUCCACCUCACAAAGUUUUGAUGUCCGUGCUGGGUCUCUAAGGAUUCUUCUUCAUGUUUUAGAAAGGCAUGGGGAGAAGCUGUGCUAUAGCUGGCCAAACAUUCUUGAAACUUUGAGGUCCGUUGCUCUCGCCCUAGAAAAGGAUCUGGUUGCCUUGGGAUUCCAGAGUCUUCGUGUGAUUAUGAACGACGGUCUCUCAUCCAUACCGGCUGACUGCCUCCAUGUAUGCAUUGAUGUAACGGGAGCCUUCAGUGCGCAAUUGACUGAGUUGAAUAUAAGUUUGACAGCUAUUGGUCUGCUAUGGACAUCCACCGAUUUUAUCGUCAAGGGAGCUUCAUAUGGGCAUCAGAUGGAAACAGAAACUAAAGCAGAUGAAAGAAACAGUGAUAGGAUGUCACACUCAGUUAAUUCUUCCAUUGCUUUAUCUGAUGAAGAGUUAACCCUAAGGUCCCUAACUGUUGAUCGCGAUACAUUGCUAUUAUCUGUCUUCUCGCUGCUUCAAAAGCUGGGUGCUGAUGAAAGGCCAGAGGUUAGAAAUGCUGCUGUGAGGACACUUUUCCAAAUCCUUGGAAGUCACGGGCAGAAGCUUUCAGAAAGUAUGUGGGAAAAUUGUCUCUGGAAUUAUGUUUUUCCAACAUUAGACCGUGUUUCCCACAUGGCUGCAACAUCGUCUAGGGAUGAAUGGCAGGGGAAAGAACUUGGAACUAAAGGAGGAAAAGCUGUCCAUAUGCUCAUACAUCAUAGUCGUAACACGGCUCAAAAACAAUGGGAUGAAACUCUUGUCCUGGUGCUUGGUGGAAUAGCUCGGAUUUUACGAUCCUUCUUUCCAUUUCUGUGGGAAAUAAAAAACUUUCAGUCUGGAUGGGAGUCAUUGCUUGUUUUAGUCGAGAAUAGCAUUUUAAAUGGUAGCAAAGAGGUUGCUUUAGCAGCAAUAAAUUGCUUACAAACAACAGUAGUUUCCCAUUCUCCAAAGGGAAACUUUCCAAUUUCAUACCUUAGAUCGGUAAUUGAUGUCUACGUGCUUGUUCUCCAAAAAUCCCCCAACUGCAGUGAUAAUGCUUCAAGCAGGAUCAAACAAGAGAUUUUGAAUGGUUUAGGAGAGUUAUACGUGCAAGCGCGAGGGAUGUUCGACAGUGACAUGUAUAGACAGUUACUCUCUGUCCUGGAUGCUGCAAUCAAAGGAGCCAAUAAUAACUUUGAGGCCGAAUAUGCCAAUGUUCCACCUGUUCAGCGUACUGCACUUGAGAUCCUCCCACUUCUACGUCCUGCAGAAAACCUUUCUUCCAUGUGGUCACUUCUCUUUGAAAAACUACUGGAGUAUCUUCCAAGAUCUGAUGCUGUCAUAGGAAACAAUGGGGAUGAGUUGGAGUCAGCUGAUGGUACUAAAAAUAUGAGCAACGUACCUAAUGGGAAUGCUUCAACAUCACAGAAGAAGGGUUCUCAAAAUCUUGACUCAGUUAGCAUCUCCGGCCAUUUGUUUACAGAAAAGCUUGUUCCUGUGUUGGUGAAUCUUUUCUUACAAGCUCCUACUGUGGAAAAGUGUUGUAUUCUUCCGAAUCUCAUUCAAGCUCUGGGAAGGUGUAUGGUUACGAGAAGCGAUAACCCUGAAGGCUCACUUUGGAGAUUGGCCGUUGAAGGCUUGAAUCAAAUUCUUGUUCAUGAUGUGACCAAAGUUACUGCAGACACAGGCAUAGAUCUUCCCAGAGCAUCUAGAAUUCAUAUCUGGAAAGAAGUAGCUGAUGUCUAUGAAAUCUUUUUGGUUGGCCAUUGUGGGCGUGCCCUUCCUUCCAGUGCUCUCACUCCAUCUGUGCUUAAGGCUGAUGAGUCCUUAGAGAUGAAUAUUUUAGACGUUUUGGCAGACAAGAUUCUUAAAUGUCAGAAUGAUGCACCUCUUGACAUUUUACAGCGACUAGUGUCUACUUUAGACCGAUGUGCAUCACGUACCUGUUCUUUGCCUGUUGAAACUGUUGAGCUUAUGCCUUCAUACUGCAGCCGUUUCUCUUUGGCUUGCUUGCAGAAGUUAUUUUCUUUAAGCAAUUAUACUCGUGGAUCCGCAGACUGGAAUCCUUUUAGAUCUGAUCUGAGCAAAGUAUCAAUUGUGAUUCUACUGUCAAGAUGUGAAUUUAUAUUGAAGAAGUUUUUGACGGAUGAAAAUGAUUUAGGUGAUCGUCCAUUGCCUCUUGCUAGAGUGGAAGAAAUCAUUUUUGUGCUUCAGGAGUUAGCACGUCUUGUGAUUCAUUCAGAUACAGCAUCUGCCCUUCCUUUGCGUCAUAUGCUGAAGGAAGGGCUCUCAGAGGAAAAUGGAGGACGUACACAUUUGCUUGUGCUUUUCCCCUCUUUCUGUGAGCUUGUUGUAUCAAGAGAAGCUAGAGUGCGGGAGUUGGUACAAGUAGUACUUAGACUUAUUGCUGCUGAACUAGGUCUGGAGAAGCUCAAGUUAGAAGUUGAUCUGUGGAAGAGAGCUAACUGCCACAACAGGGCCUGUGUUUGA